AUGAAGACCAUCUCUGAUCGCGGACUGAUCAAUAAGAUCAAGAAGGCGAAAACCAGCAAGGGAAAGCGUUUUUUGGAGAAGCGAGAGCCACAGCUCGUUGAGGAGAUUAAAAAAGCAGUCUUUUGCCGAAGUUCAACGGCAAAUCAAAGUGGAGUACAGCUGCUGAAAGACAUUCAAAAGCUAAAGAAACCAAAUGCCACGUAUCUGAAUCGAAAGGAAAGCUGGCAACCAUUUGAAAACGCAACUGACCUUGAGUUUGUGACCCGAAAAAAUGAUUGUGCCCUCUUCGCUUACGCAUCACACUCAAAGAAACGACCAAACAAUUUAAUUCUUGGUCGUACGCACAACGGACAAAUUCUUGAUAUGGUGGAAUUUGGAUUCGAAAACUUCAAAGCACUUUCUGAGUUUCAAGUUGAAAAGAUUUCCUCUGAAACCAAACCGAUCCUCCUCUUUAGCGGUGAGCUGUUCGACAAUCAACCUGAUUUUCAGCGGAUAAAAUCACUUCUUUUGGACUUUUUCGUCGGCCCAAAUAUAGAUCAAGUAAACCUCACCGGUAUUGAGCAUGUAAUACAAUUUGUGGAGGUCGAUCGUGUCAUUCAUAUGCGAAGCUAUCGAAUUUUUCUCAAAAAGUCUGGUGUUAAGUUACCUCGAGUUGAGCUGCAAGAAAUUGGACCUCGCGUAGACCUGACGCUGCGGCGAAGCAAUCUGGCUUCGAUUGAUCUGUUCAAGAAGACGCUGAAACAGCCUGACCAGGUUUUGAAGCAGGUCGGAAAGAUGAAGAAGCCAGAGGAGAAGAACAUCAGCAAGGACGUUUUCGGUACGAAGCUGGGACGCAUUCACAUGGAACGACAGGACUACGGCAGGCUGCGACUGCGAAAGGGUGGCGCAUUCAAGGCGAAGGCUGCCAAUUGA